AAGGCCAGGUCUGCUCCAACUGCCUGGACCGGCCUCCUGCCUGCGCGGGAGGGGCCUAGGGAGCCUCGGGUUGGGACAGCCUGAGGCCUUGUGCACGGUGGAGGCAGGACCCAGCUGUCCAGGGCAGGUCCUGGGGUCUGGAUGGGGCUGAACCCCGUAAAGCCUGCGCUUCCGGAAGAAGCUUGUGCUGGAGGCAGGGAAGGGUCCCAGCCAGGCCCGAGAGGAGCAGGACGUGGACACAGCGAGCCAGAGUGUCAGCCGGUCGGAAAGCCCAUGGGGGCAGAACAGCGGGAGAUCAGGGCAGGUGGCCGGGCCAGGGCUGCCACUUGGUCUUUACUCAGUGGCAGGGCAGGCUCCCUGACUGCCACCUACCGCCUGAGGAGCCUGAGAUGGGUUUCCCAUGGCAACCUGAAUUCCUGCCCCACUCGAGAUUUUAUGAAUUACUGAGGAUUCUUGCCUUCCUAAUUUUGGUUGUGUGUCCCACAGUCCCGGGGAUCAGGAGGGGUUAACAGAAGACCAAGGGUCAGGUUUUCUGCACUGCGGGGAGCCACCCCAGAUCUGUAGUCCAGGCUCAUGCGCGGGUGAGGGGGUAGCUUCCAAGCCCCAAAGGUCGGAGAGCAAAGGUGUGGCCAGUUGUGGAGGGAGGGGGAGCCUCAGGUUGUUUGCAGUGCUGGGGAGAUAAGAAUAUUCAGGAAUCAGAUGGUGGUGAUGGUUGCACAGCUCUGUGAAUAUACUGCAGCCCACUGAGCACUACACUGUAAAGGGGUGACUAUUAUGGUGUGAGGAUUAUAUCCCAAUUUUUAAAAGAUGUGAAAAAAUUAAUGUUUAUUUAUACGAUAUAUAAGACAUUGAUUUUUAAAUACAGCGGUACCAUCCCCGUCCCCCAUAACCCUGGUUCCUCCAGGCACUUGGAGCCAUUUGUGGAAGGACGUGGACUCCUAGAAGGUGAUUCGCAAAGGUGCCACGUAAGCAGAGGAGCCAGGUAAGCAGAGGCCCAGUGCCACGUAAGCAGAGGAAGGCCCGGAGCCGGCUGCUGAGGUCCUGAGGGAGAGGGAGGGGCACCUGCUCAGCCUUGCCUGUGUGUGUGGAUCCUUCUCUCUCAGGGGAAGCUGCCUGGACAUGCAUGCGCCUUGCAGUUCUGUCCUGCCAGGCUGCCUGCUCUUCCUCUUGAAAGCAAAAGCCUUCACUUGCUGAGGAUGCAACGAUGCCCUAGUGUCCCUUGCAGGAGCCAGUGUCAGAGCCAGGAGCUGUCGUGGGCAUCCCCUGCUCCAAAGUUACGAGUUCUGGUGAAGGGGUCAGGACAGCCCCUUUGAGAGUUCAGCAGAGCAGGUCUGCACCGGACCCACGCCACGCACAGCCCACACUCCACCUGCCCUGGUGCACACUGGCGGCAGCAGCCAGCCGCGGGGACCCCAGGCGCAGUGUUGCCGCGUGAACGUUAGAGCAGCCUCCAGAGGCGGGUUCGGUCUGCACACCUGGUUCGCGGGUGACGCGGUUGUGACUUGGCCCAGAAUCCCACGUGGGAAGACCCUAGUCGGAGGCCCCCACCCUUGCCCGGAGCUGGACUUUGGGGCAGCAGCAAACUGCAGUGAGUGUGAGUCACACCUGAGGACAGGUGGGCUGUCUUCAGGCUCCCAACAGGUCUGUCGCUUAAGGGGCUGGGGAAUGGGGGCUGGAAUGCCACGGCCUGCCCACCUGGGGGACUCUGGGCAGAGCUGGAGCAGCCAGGCAGGAAAAUAUCCCCCAGUUUCCAGAGAGUAAAAGCUGAUGGUCCUACUGAGGUGUGAAGGACAGUGACGGACAGUGAUGGAAGGUGAUGGACAGAGGAGGACAGUGAUGGACAGAGGAGGACAGUGAUGGACAGAGGAGGGCAGUGAUGGACAGUGACGGGCAGUGAUAGACAGCAACAGAGAGUGGAGGACAGUGAUGAACAGCAACAGACAGUGGAGGGCAGUGAUGGACAGUGGAGGACAUUGGAGGAUAGCAGAGGACAGUGAGGGACAGCAGAGGACAGUGAUGGACAGCGGAGGACAGUGAUGGACAGCAGAGGACAGUGAUGGACUGCGGAGGACAGUGAUGGACAGCGGAGGACGGCGAUGGACAGCGGAGGACGGCGAUGGAGAGCGGAGGACGGCGAUGGAGAGCGGAGGACGGCGAUGGAGAGCGGAGGACGGCGAUGGAGAGCGGAGGACGGCGAUGGACAGCGGAGGACGGUGAUGGACAGUGGAGGACGGUGAUGGACAGAGGAGGACGGUGAUGGACAGCGGAGGACGGUGAUGGACAGCGGAGGAUGGUGAAGGACAGAGAAGGACAGCAAUGGAAGGACAGGCACCCCAGUCAGCACAAACACAGGCCGAGUGGGGCCCAUGCAUUUCUGGGAGGACUGGCAAGCUGGGAAAGGCCUCCAGGGCAGGGAAACUCAGGAGAGUGACAGCUUGUUCAGGCCAGGACCUUGUGCAUCUUCUCCUUUUUUCUUUCUUAGUAAACCCAGUGUAUUCAUUUCUAGUGGCUGCCAUAACAAAUUCCCAUAAACUAGCGUCUUGAAGCCAUGGAAGUUUGUUAUGUCCCAGUUCUGGAGGCUAGACAUCUAACAUCCAGGUAUGGGCAGGGUUGCCCUGCCUUCGAAGCUCUGGGGAGGGUCCUUCCUGCCCCUCCCAGCUCCCGUGGCUCCCAGCGUCCUUAGCCUGUGGCCGUUAUUGCUCUGGUCUUUGCCUCCACCUUUGCAUGACCUCCUCCUCUCCUGUGUGUCACUUGCUAUGAUGCUUGUGAUGCCAUUUAGGGCCCACCUGUGUAAUCCAGCAUGCUCUCAUGUCAAGAUCCUUAAUCACAUCUGCAAAGAACCUUGCCCCAAACUCCUGGCUUCAAGCAAUUCUCCUGCCUUGGCCUCCCAACGUGCUGGGUUUGCAGGUGUGAGCCACUGUGCCAGGCCUAGAUUUGGGGGCCACCAUUCAGUCGCUGCUCUCCCACCCCUGCAGCAGCCCCAGCCCGCCCGCAGGGCAGACCUUCCUUGUGGCAGAAACAACAGGAAGAGGAAAGGAAGAGGAACCCAGGCCUGGGUUCCCUGCAGAGCUGUCCGCAGAGCCUGUGCGGGGCUGCAAAGGCCCCUCUGUUGUCACACCACCCCUGUCCCCGUUUCAGAUGAAACCGGGAGAACUUUCAACUGCAACAAACACUCCUGGAAAAGGAGAGGCCAAUCCCCAUGGCUCCACAGAGAGCACAGCCAGACCCCUUCAUCCAGGCCCACAGGCAAUGUUGUCGGCUCUGUUCUUCCUUUGAAAGAAAAGGGUGCUGGUUGGUUUCCAGUUUACUGCAGACACACAGAGAGGCCCCUCUCUGGCUCAGAGCCUGGCCCGGAUCUCUCCAGUCCCAGCUUCUCCCUCCCGAAAGGAACCUCCUGCCCAACAAUGCAACACGUGUGUGCACUCCCAGUGUGGGAAUCAGGCUGAGCUGGACUUCAGGGGCAGCCCAGGAUGCUUGCCUCGGGUGGGGCGUUUUCCCAGCGGUUUCUUGGGAGCUGCCUGGGAGUUGCCGAAGCUUCUUCCCAGCUGGCUUCAGCCCAGGCUUCCUGGGUGAGAUUCUUGUUCCCUGGCCCCUCACGGUACGCGUGGUCCUGUUCCCCGCAAUCCCCCACCCCCUUGAACUCCGUUCCCACACUCAGGACCCACCCAGAUGCCAGCUCCCCGCAGAGCAGUGCAGCCCCCCACUUCCAGCCCUGACAGCUCACACCCUGCCCCCCACCACCAUUUUGGAAUUGUUCUUUGCCAGAAAUACCGUUUCCCACCCUGUCUUCUUAUUCUCGGAGGCAGAGGCACUUCAGCUUCCUGGGCCGUCUGUCACUGAAUCACCCUGGUUUCCAUUGGCAGUGCCGCCUCUCCCUCACUCGGAUGCUUCUGUGCAGCCACGCGGGCUGUGUGUGCACAACCUCAGGGGACGCAUCAACCACGUCCUCGGGCUGGCCGUAGAGACAUGGCCUCGGCCUGAGUGUGGCCAUCAGACUCUCCCUGGUACUAUAAGCCCUUGGCUGAGGGGGCAGAGGGGCAGCUAGGAUCAUGGCUGCAGCUCCCGGAGGGGAGCCCCCAUCCUCCGGGCCGUCUUCCCGAGCCUGCUCCCCAGGCCGCGCCUUUCCUGACUUCCCUCCAGGCUCCUGUUGCUGGCGACCACAGAACCAGCCUCAGGGCUUUCCUGUCCUUCCUGUCAGGGGUCCUUUCCCAGUGGGAGCUCUGGGCAGGUGGGCCUGUCCCAGGAGAGUCACGUAGCUUGUUUAAGGAGAAGAUCCCCGUGGCUCUUGUGUGCACAUGUGGGGCCUCUCUCCCCAGGGGCUGCUGUGAGCCUGGGAAGUCCCGGGUGGUGUCUCAUGCCCCAGAGAGCAGCCCCCUGUGCACCUUGCACACGCCCUCCUGCGGGUCUGCUGACUUUCUCCUCCGCCUCAGCCAAGUCUCCCACGCGGAGCAGGUGGGAACUGAAUGAAGGCCUCACAGGAUUCUGAGUCCCCGAUCUGACACCCACCUGGCUCAGCACCUGCCUCCUCAGCUUCCAGCUGCACGGGUGGCCACAGGCGUCAGGGUGUGACGGCAAAUGUGACGGUGAAUGUGGCCGGUCCGGUCAGAGGUCUCUGCAUCCUCCACACCUCUGGCCAGGUGAGACCCAGCCUGUGUCCCUCCCAGCUCUACUGACGGACGGCAGGAAGCUGAGACCCCGAGCCCGUGUGUCCUCGGUUCUUGGUGCUUUGCAAUGCCCCUGGCCCUGGCUGCAGCCGCCCCCUGGCUGGGCCCCGAGCCUGUCUGCCCUGCAACACUCACCCUUCAUGAAGAGGGAGCCUCAGCCGAGAGGAGAGCAAAUAAGUGUAAGGGGAGAGGGUGCUUCCUGAGACACGCGGUGGGCCCAGGGCUCCUGCCUUGGCCAUUCCGUCCAUCUGUGGGAGGGCCUUGGCCUCUCUGCUUUUGGAGCAGGGCGCUGGGGCUAGGGGAUUGCAGCCACAGCCACUCCACUGCACUGGUUGGGAGCUCGGAUCACCUCGGUGCAGAGGAAGCUUUGACGGCAAGGGUUGGUGUGGCUCAUCUGGCCCACCCCACAGCCAUCGCCGCCCCGCAGACACCUCCGGAUCCCGGCCUGCCAUCCCUCCUCCCGAGCCUACAUUAGGCUCCAUCCUUCCCCAGGCCCUAUGCCACCAGCAAGAACAGCCCAGCCAAUGCAGACUGCACCCCUCGGCCUCGGCCGGGACCGAGCACACUGCCCUGUGCUUGUCCAGUGUGCUCUCCCUGGCCCCUGAGGCAGGUGGCCUGACCCCUGUCUUCAGAGGGGAAAGCUGAGUCUCGGGAAGGCCACACAGCCGAGGAGUGGGGGCAGAAAGAACCCAGCUCUGCGCCAGGCUGUGUCAAGCCGACAUUUAGUGCCUAGCAGCAGCCACGGCCUCUGCAGGGCUUCCUGGAGCAGGUGUGGGCUCUUCCAGCACAGAGCAUGGGCUGCACCAGCUUCGGGGUGCACCGCGUACAGGUUAGGGCCGUGGCUGUGGCUGCUGGCUGACACCAGGAGUAAACGUGGACACCAGACCAGCGCAGCCUAGACCCAGCUGGGUGGCAGGUGCUGCCAGUGCCUCUCGAGGGGGCAGCAGGGUCAGCUGCAGAUGAGGCUGCCCCAGGACUGGCUGCCAGCCCUCAAAGAGCCCCCUGGGUCCCCCCGGCACAACUCUCUGCAUGAAGCCCCCAGCAGGAGAAGGGCUCACUGCCCUGAGCCCGACACAGUACGAGACGGAGGCCUCACUGAGUCCAGGCCCCGCACUGGCCCUCCCCUGGAUCCUGAGUCCAGGCCCCAAGCCAGCCCCUCCCCUGGAUCUCCCCAGACCCUCUCUGUGGGAGCCCAGGGGCUGGAGCCGCUCGACCACAUCUUGGUAGCUCUCAUUUGGGACCUCAUCUUUAAUCUCAGCAACUCAGGGAUCAAAGAGAAAAGGCCGAGGCAGGCGAGGCCGGGGUUUCUUGCUCAAGCAUUCGGAUCAUUGAACAAACGAAAAAAAUCAGAGAAGGAAAGCCAGGCUGCUGCCUGUGGAUCUGUCUGCCCUCCCCGGAGGCCAGCGCUGCACGCCCUUCCCUCCCUCUCUCUCCCUCUCCUCUCUGUGGCUCUCCUGAUGGAGGCCCCACAUGGGGUUAGGAUUCCCAAAUGUCACAUGAAUCCAGUGUUUGGGGAGUGUCUCACUCCGUUUGUGUUGCUGUAACAAAUGCCUUGGACUGGGUUGUGUUUAAGAACUGGGUUUUUCUGGAGGCUGGAAGUCCAGCACUGAGGCAGGAGCAGGGUCACUGCUUGGUGAGGGCUGCUCUCUGCUUCCAGAAGGCGCCUGAUUGCUGCCUCCUCCAGAGGGGACGAAGGCCGUGGCCUCACAUGGUGCAAGGUGGGAGGGCGAGAGGGUGCUCCCUUCCCCUGGAUCCCAUUCACAAGGUGCUCGUCCCGUCCCGUUCUCCCAGAGGCCACAUGUCUGAAUGCUCUCUUUCAACACAAAUUUUGGAGGAGAUGUCACUCAAACCAGAGCAGGAAGUGUGAGGAAGGACUCAGGAGUGCCCUCCGGCCACGUCCUGGUUUUGGAAGCACAGGAAGCGCCAGGCAGCCUCGCAUUCUCCUUGCCCUCGUUAGUUUGGUUUUGCUUGAGGAGGACACACCAGUGCCCCCUCCCCAGUCUCUGCCCCUCCCUCUUCCUGCCGGAGCCCAGGAGGCCCCACCCUGCACUAAGAAGCCCCCACAGCAGCCGUAGCAGGGACGUCCUUCCCCACCGUCCUCCCGUCACCUUCAGGGACCUCCUUCCGUCCCCACCGUCCUCCCGUCACCUCCAGGGACUUCCUUCCGUCCCCACCGUCCUCCCGUCACCUCGAGGGACGUCCUUCCGUCCCCACCGUCCUCCCGUCACCUCCAGGGACGUCCUUCCGUCCCCACCGUCCUCCCGUCACCUCGAGGGACGUCCUUCCGUCCCCACCGUCCUCCCGUCACCUCCAGGGACGUCCUUCCGUCCCCUCCGUCCUCCCGUCACCUCCAGGGACUUCCUUCCGUCCCCACCGUCCUCCCGUCACCUCGAGGGACGUCCUUCCGUCCCCUCCGUCCUCCCGUCACCUCCAGGGACGUCCUUCCGUCCCCACCGUCCUCCCGUCACCUCCAGGGACGUCCUUCCGUCCCCACCGUCCUCCCGUCACCUCGAGGGACGUCCUUCCGUCCCCUCCGUCCUCCCGUCACCUCCAGGGACGUCCUUCCGUCCCCACCGUCCUCCCGUCACCUCCAGGGACGUCCUUCCGUCCCCACCGUCCUCCCGUCACCUCGAGGGACGUCCUUCCGUCCCCUCCGUCCUCCCGUCACCUCCAGGGACUUCCUUCCGUCCCCACCGUCCUCCCGUCACCUCGAGGGACGUCCUUCCGUCCCCACCGUCCUCCCGUCACCUCGAGGGACGUCCUUCCGUCCCCACCGUCCUCCCGUCACCUCGAGGGACGUCCUUCCGUCCCCACCAUGAGGAGACGGGGGUGGUGAUGCGCUGA